AUGACCGCGAAUCUUAAUCUGGGGUCAGUGAAGAGCCGCGUUCGCGCUUUGCUCAAGCAAGUGAGGGAAUCUGCUUUUCAUCUACGUGCAGCGCUGGAUCGCUUCGGCUCAGACGAUAUCUGGUUCAACAUCGCUUUGGACGAGGUUGCUACGCUUGAGCCCGCAGUACUCAAGCGUGAGAGGUCCUUCUUGUGGAUCGAGGACCUGCGCUCCAUCUUUUGCCCAGCAGCCAAGAGCACCCAAUUGCCUCCUCGAUUUUGGCUGCUGCUCCUCGGUACCAAUGCUUGUUUUCAGGCACUAAGCCCCGCUGUGGCAGCCGCGGUGUCGAGCCGCGUCAACAAAGGAUACCUGCGCCAUCAUCAUCCCUUCACCAUGGCUGCUCGAAACGUCCAUCUAGACGCAAACUCUGAGCUCCUCGACGCAAUCGAAAGUGCGCCACCCAUCAAAGCAUGUCAAGUCCACGUAUUGGCAUUUUUUGGUCGACCGCUUUGGCACGCCAUGAUCAGCUACGACGAACAGGAUCCUUUGAAUGGGGAACCUGAUAUCGAAAAUUUGGGAGAUGCCGUGAACAGCUUUGUGCUCAACAAAGUUCUCAAGACCGUCGAUUCAGGCGUGGACCUCCAACCAGCAAACCUCACCGAAGCCCAAUGCUUUGCGCUACUCAGUCAGAGGAUGGAGCUUGACGAUGGUGCGAGUAUUGCACAGACGGACUCCAGGCUGCCUGGGAGUGCAAUUGAGUUCCAAAAGACUCAGAUCAACGAGCAUCUUAGGAUCCUUGAUGAUAUGAACGCUGCAGGAAACGCCAUCAAGACAUACACAAUGUGCGAGCCACUGGUCUCUGCCAUCGUGGCCAUUGCCAUGUCGAGGGAUCUGACAGCUCAAGCAGCGGUAUGGAAAACAUGUUGGACACAUCUCCACUCUCUCAUCGCCACAAGGGCCAUCAUCGACCAAGGUGCCUAUGGCGAGGUCACUGCACAAGGGCUAAUCUGCAUUUGCAAAGAUGCAGCCUCUCGACCAAAUCCUGCCAGAUUUGGUCUGUCUGUGCAUGAGCAGCCAGAUGCCUGCAGCCCCGUCACCCAAUUUGUCCAGGCCAGCAGUUUCCUCUGCUCCCUCUUGAGUACCAUCAACAUGAGUGCAGGGAGUACAAGGGUGUUCAACAACUUGCUUGCAGACAUGGAAGACUGUUGGGUGAACUUCACCCGCUUCUCAAGAGCCCAAAGAAGAUGGCAAGAAAUCUUUCCAUUUGAGCUCAAGGUAGCUUGGACCAGGAUGACUGCCAUCAUAGGUGCCACAGGACAAGCAGAUUGGGACCUGCUCAUUCCUGUGUACUGCGGAGACUUGAGAACACCCUUGAAGCAGAACUUCACAUUCAUCAUUGUGCAAGUCAAGUCAAGGAAGGAUCCUGUCAAGUCUUGCCACCCAAUCAGUCAGCCAUGGGCUUAUCAGGGUGCUAAGGCUCCCAUUUCCAUUGUGCUCAACCUUGGCACAAGUGUUGCUGGUCAAGAAGAGGUCUUUGUGCGUUGCCACCCACCUGCUCCUGCUGAAGACAGGCCAAAAACGCGCAAAUACAGCUCCCAUGAGCCGUGGUACCAUGAGCUGUAUACGGUUGGCUAUCACUGGCAGAACCACCCAGGACUGCGCCUGCUUGGCGCUGCAGCUGAAGACUUUAACCUGACAAAGUACUUUCGACAGCCUCAUCAUGUGGAAGGGCGCGAACAGGACUCUGCUUAA